AUGAACAGCUCAUUAAAAUACGGAAAGGGUUCUAGACCUGAAGAUGACUAUCAACAAUACAAUAACACUCAAAAGGGAUUCAACAAUACUCAAUCCUCUUUUGGCACCAACCCUGCUUCUCUUAAGGGCAAGCUUAUGUCAUUAGAAGAAAUGAUUAAAAACAUAGCUGACGAAAUGAAUUUCCACAAGAAGGAAGUUUAAAUCUUGAAGAGUGAAAAGGACACAUUAUAAUCUGUCCUUUCUAUGAAAACCCAAGAUGUUAAGAAGACUUUGACAAGCGAAUUAAUGAGAAUCGAAGAAGAAAUGAAGAGACAUUUCGCUCAUCAAAAGGCUGAAAAUGCUCGUUUACAAUAGUAAAUUACUUCUUUGAAGGGUGAAAAGACCGCUCUUCAAUAAUAACUUUUGGGAUUGCAAAGAAGAAUUACUGAACUCGAAAUGCAAGUUGGUAACGAAGAUAACCAUUGA